CCGGGUGUUUUUCUUCUUUUUUAAUUUGACCCUUUUAGCUUCCCCGGCCUUCGACUUCCCCUCUCGCGGCCCCUCUCGACUCUUCCAUCAGCGCCCAUCGAAAUCGUUCGACCGCCCCGCUCCGGCAUCCAUGGCUCGUCUGCUCGCGGCGCGAGCCCUUACGCUGGCCCGCCCCUCGGCGGCGCCAUCCGCCCUCCGCUUCUGCCUCUGCCGCUCCCGUGCGCUGUCGGACAAGGUGGACUUCGUCGAGAUCGACCUAUCCGAGGAGUCCCCUUCCUCUUCAUCCGGAGGGGGAGACGCGGGCGACUCCGCCACGGGUCAGGCGAAGAUGGGGUCGCGGCGCCUGGAGGACGCCAUCCAUGGGGUGCUCGUGCGCCGGGCGGCGCCUGAAUGGCUCCCCUUCGUGCCGGGGGCAUCCUACUGGGUCCCGCCGUUGCCGCGGCCGCUCGGGGUGGCGAACCUCCUCGGCGCGGCAUUAUACACCUCGAGGGGCGAGGCGGCGAUGACGGAGGAGGAGGCGUUGAGCUUCACUACCGUGCGGGGUUGGCCAUCUGCGGCGUACUUUGUGGGAGGGAAAUUCCCGCCGCCAGUGAAGAAAUCAUGGAAAGAUGCUACUAAAACUGAUGAUGAUGAAAGCUAAUCCUAUAAUGCUUCACCUGGGGCUCCUACUGAAGAGGCAGCUCGGGGUUGUGAAGUUCCUCUGAUGAUUGUAGAUAUAGACAACUAGGGAGCCCUGCAAUAAUGAAACCCCCCAAGCAUCUUUGGAUGGUGUGGUACUGUGGUCAGAGCUGGUAAAAUGACACUGGUUCGAUAUUAUGUAUUUGGCAGAACCUGGUGCACUAGCACUGGGACAUGUUGGGUGUAUGGUCCACGGAAGCCGUGGCGCUUGAUGUAAUAGUGUUUGUACCAUGUUUUUCGUUUUGAAUAAAAGCAUGCGCUAGGCUGAACACUUGUGGCACAUGACAGCUCUUGGUGUGUAACCACAGUUUUGGCUGGGGGUCUUCCUAGUUCCAACUAAGGCGUGUGCUAAGAAAAGUUCCAGCUA